UUUGCAAACACACGCUCUGAUUGGUCCAUUGGGUUGGCGCUGUACUAGUAGGCUGAAGGUGAAAUUGGUCUAACUUUGCGAACAGACCUCCGUUGCAGUUCAACAUUAUGUCAUCAAGUGGACUUUUAACCAUGCGUUCUCAACUUUGCAAGCGUUUGGCUCACAAGUACCUGUCAAGGACCUAUUCAACUCGCCCUUCUUUAAAUGAAGUGGUCAUCGUCAGUGCCGUCCGCACCCCGAUGGGGUCCUUUAGAGGGAGCCUGGCAGCCGUUCCGGCCACCAAACUGGGCUCCAUCGCCAUCAAAGGAGCCAUUGAGAAAGCAGGCCGGUGGUGGCUGGUCCGCUCCAGCAGUCGGAGGUGCGGGAGGUUCCUCCGCCCCCUCUGGACAUCGAGGGGGCCCCGGCUUACGAGCCAUUAUGGACUCCAGACGUCGGGCGAGGGGCCUUGAGUACCUCGUGGAGUGGGAGGGGUACGGCCCAGAGGAGCGACGCUGGGUACCGGCGGAGGACAUCCUGGACCCAUUGUUAAUCCAGGAGUUUCACCGCUUCCGCCCGGAUCGCCCUGUGCCCCGUCCUCCGGGUCGUCCCCGAGGCCGGUGUCGGCGCGCUACUGGAGCCGCGCGUCAAAGGGGGGGUACUGUCACGACUUCCACCGAAGUCGGCCCCUCUCCUUGUUCGGGCGGUCGACGUCACCGGCUUACUAGUCACCACCGAUCCAUAUUUCCCUGUAUCCCAGUUGAGGAGGUGAAGGAGGUCUAUAUGGGAAAUGUACUACAGGCUGGGGAAGGACAGGCCCCUACAAGACAGGCCCUGCUUGGUGCAGGGCUGUCCCUCUCCACUCCAGCAACAACAAUCAACAAAGUCUGUGCCUCUGGAAUGAAGUCUAUCAUGCUGGCUGCCCAGAGUCUGAUGUGUGGACACCAGGAUGUGAUGGUGGCAGGCGGUAUGGAGAGUAUGUCCAAUGUCCCCUACGUGAUGACUAGGGACACUCCGUCCUACGGAGGCGUGAGGAUGGAGGACCUCAUCGUAAAGGAUGGCCUCACUGACGUCUACAACAAAUUCCACAUGGGAAACUGUGCAGAAAACACAGCCAAGAACAGCCAGAUCAGCAGGGAGGAGCAGGAUGCCUACGCCAUCAGCUCAUACAGCCGCAGCAAAGCAGCAUAUGAAUCAGGAGUGCUUGCGAAAGAGAUUGUCCCCGUUAGCAUCCCCCAGAGAGGCAAGCCUGAUGUGGUAGUGUCAGAGGAUGAGGAGUGGAGGCGUGUGGACUUCAGCAAAGUCCCCAAACUGAGAGCAGUGUUCCAGAAGGAGAAUGGCACGGUUACUGCAGCCAAUGCCAGCACGCUGAACGACGGGGCCGCCGCUCUGGUUCUCAUGACGGUCGACGCGGCAAAGAGACUCGGCGUCACCCCAUUGGCCAGGAUCGUCUCUUUUGCAGAUGCAGCUACUGCUCCCAUUGAUUUCCCCAUCGCUCCUGCCUUUGCUGUACCAAAGGUCCUGGCAGCUGCAGGGCUAAAGAAGGAGGACAUUGCCAUGUGGGAGAUCAACGAAGCCUUCAGUGUUGUGGUUCUGGCCAACGUGAAGAUGCUGGACAUCGACCCCAGCAAAGUCAAUGUCAAUGGAGGAGCUGUCUCCCUGGGACACCCUAUUGGGAUGUCGGGGGCGAGAAUCGUGGGACACAUGGUACAUGCUCUGAAGUCUGGCCAGUACGGCCUGGCUGGGAUCUGCAAUGGUGGUGGUGGAGCCUCCUCUAUCAUCAUCCAGAAGUUAUAGGAAUCUUUUCUCUUCCCCUUAAAGGUUAUUAACAGACAAGCAUAUAAACUGCCUGAACUGAGCUGUUAAAACACUUUCGGAUGUACUUGUCAUCUUUUAGACUAUGCCUUAUCACUCUAGAUAAUGUGUCUGAAAUGAACAACCUCCAGUCUGGCAACCUUACUGGUCAACUAACCUACUGAACUAAUAUUAUAACUCCCAUGUUUAAGUCACUCCUGUUUUCGAUGAAUGUUUGUUGCAAGAGGCAAUUUAUAUUUAACUUUUCGACUGUAAAGAUGAAUAAAUAGUUUAUGAAAAAAGA